CCCUGUCUCUUUCUCUCUGCUGUGCCCGCUGCCGCUGCCCUCACGCAGGCCUCCAGCCUUGCUCUCCACUGCAGCCAGGGAGCAUCAUAAGACACAAGUCACGGGACGUCGCUCGUCCGUUCAGGGCUGCCAUGGGCUCGGUGGGCAGCCAGCACCUCCAGGAGCCCAGCGUGGCGAGCACGCCGCACAGGAGCGUGGUGAUGAGCUUCGACAGCGGCCCGCUGGAGGAGGUGGCGGCCGGGGUAGCCCAGGCCCAGGGCAGUAGGGCCAGGGGCAUCCCGAUUUUCACGGACUCUGGACAUUGGCUGGCUAAAGAGGAGGCUGGCUAAGCCAGUCUGAAGUCCAUCAGGCAGGUGGUCAGGACGGAAGAUGACAAGCAGGCUGGAAUCCCAGGGGCACGAGCCGUUUGGGGUCCCUGAGUUCUGGGAAGGCCUCAAGGUCUUACCUGAUUAGGUCAGGCCCACCCAGGGUAAACUCUCUUUUGAUCAAACUUAAAGUAACUAAGGAGGGCCUUUGUGUGAUUUUUCUGUGAAAGAAAAAUCUUUUCACAGCAGCACCUCGGUCGGUGUUUGAUUGAACAGCAGGACUGUGGUUCAGCCUCCAAGUUGACCUACAAACUGACCAUUACAGUCCACCCCUUACCAGCUUGCCUCCUAUACACAGCUCCCUACACCAUACUUAGUCUCCAGAGAAAGACACUAACAGUCAACCCCCCAACUACCAGGACGUAACGGACCCCCAUAUGAACAAAAACACGCUAACCCUUUCCCCAAAGACGCAAAGUCCUUGUGCGUUGAUGUUCACACUUCUCCUUUGAUCCCCCAAACUUCAAUACUGAGAUACAGGGUUAACCGUUACGAACACAUCUUACGUUAGAUGAUACGGGGGUGAGAAAGUGAAUAAAAUAAAAGCAUUUGAUUAAUACAUACACACACAUAUUCAUAUCAAAAAAAGGAAGCAAUACUCAUAACAGUAUCAGUCCUCGUGUCUGUGACCAGUCCCAUGAUUGUAGCUGGUAUUCAUAACUACCUUCUCCCACCACCCAGCCCAUAUUCCAUUUGCCCACCACAAGUAUCUUAACUGGUCACGGUUCUUUGCCCGGUGGGUGACCCAAGCUUCAUUAUUUUUUUUUUUCUUGGCCACGCCACGUGGCUUAUGGAAUUUUAGUUCCCUGACCAGGGAUCAAACCUGGGGCCCCAGCAGCGAGAGUGCCAACUCGUAACCACUGGACCAGCAGGGAAUUCCCCCAACCUUCAUUCUUGAAAGCUCUGGAUCACUAGCAGUCCUGCUGGACUUGGGUUGGUAUCAUUUUCCAUUGACUGUGUCCCAGGGAUUGCACAUCCUGAGAGAGGCCGUGAGGAAUCUCCUGUCUCACGGACCUACUCUCUCACUCCCACACGGGAGCAACCUGAUUUCCCAGUGAUGACGGUCAGGAUCUGUCCCCACAGCCAGAGCAGCCACCCUGCUCCCUGCAGGAUCACUGUGUCUCGGGGGGGAACCGUUCCUCCCUUUGGAGCAAAGCCCUCUGGCCCAGCGGAGCCUCAAGUCCUGGGGGUGGGAAGCAAACAUUUCGCUGGUGAAUGUCUAAGGGGCGUAGUGAGUGGUCCCACCUGCACUUGUGCCCGUGGUUCCUGGAUGUGUGAACACUAACUAUAGGAGAAUCAGCCCUGUAUAUUGGACGCUGGUUUAGAUCAUCGGUGGCCUCCCAGAGGACACUGCCUCAGCCCCACCAGGUCUGGCCACCCAGCUGGUCCCAGAGCUGAGUCUCCAAAAGGCCGUUUCACUGUUCUCUCCAGCCAGCUGCUUCCGUGGCCAUGAUGGUGAGAGUCAUGGUGGCAGCAGCCUCUUGGUAACGGACAGUGGCUGUGGUGAUAGCUGCACUGGCCGUGGUAUUGGUGGUUGUAUGUCUGGCAGCCAUGACUAUGAUGACUGGGGCAGCUGGGGCCGUGAAGGUGGAGAGCGGCCACGGUGACGGUGACCAUGGUUACAGUGGCUGUAAGGUGAUGAUAACGGCUGUGAUGUAGCAGCUGUGAUGGGGAUGGAUGGUGGCCAGGGUGACGGCAGCCGUGAUGCUGCUGGAUACAGUGGCAGUGGCCACAGUGAUGAUGGACCGUGGGUAUGGUGAUGGUGGUCAUGAUGGUGGGUACGAUGGUGACAGUGGCCAUGGUGUUUGGUGACUUUUGAUAAUGGCCAUGAUGGUGGUGGCGUGGGCAGCUGUGGCCAUAGUGACGGAGAGUAGCCACGGUCAUGAUGGCUUUGGUGGCUUGGCUAUGGUGAGAGUGGCCAUGGUGAUGGUAGCUAAGGUGGCAGUGCUUCUGGUGGCAGUGACAGAUGCAUGGUGGGAGGCCGUGUCUGUGGUUCGGGUGGCAGCCGGAGUGGCUGUGGCUAUGGUGGUCGUGAUGGGGGUGCCGUGGUGGACUGUGGCCCCGAUGUGGUGGUCGCGGCCGCGAAUGGGCUGGUCCGCGUCUCACCUGGCGUCUGGGUUUGCGGGCAGAGGAGCCGGUGCCUGACGACCGCUACCGCGCCGUCUACUUUGCAACGCUCCUGGCUGGUGUGGGCUUCCUGCUGCCGUACAAUAGCUUCAUCACCGACGUGGACUACCUGCACCACAAGUACCCAGGGACCUCGAUUGUGUUUGACAUGAGCCUCACCUACAUCCUGGUGGCGCUGGUGGCUGUGCUCCUGAACAACGCGCUGGUGGAGAGGCUGAGCCUGCACACGAGGAUCACCGCGGGCUACCUCUUAGCCUUGGGCCCCCUCCUGUUCAUCAGCAUCUGCGACGUGUGGCUGCAGCUCUUCUCUCGGGACCAGGCUUAUGCCAUCAACCUGGCUGCGGUGGGCACCGUGGCCUUCGGCUGCACAGUGCAGCAAUCCAGCUUCUACGGGUACACGGGGAUGCUGCCCAAGAGGUACACGCAGGGGGUGAUGACGGGGGAGACACGGGGGCUGCCCCACCCUCAGCCCAGCUGCAAGCACUUCGGAGCACCUCGUCCAGAUGUCCUCAGUCUUCCUUCCGGGCCUGGAUGGGCCAGGCUCAGCCGUGCUGUGGGGCAGGACUCAGGCACGGCGGGCGUGAUGGUCUCCCUGAGCCGUAUCCUCACGAAGCUGCUGCUACCCGACGAGCGGGCCGGCACGCUCAUCUUCUUCCUGGUCUCCGCGGGCCUGGAGCUGCUCUGCUUCCUGCUGCACCUGCUGGUGCGGGGCAGCCGCUUCGUGCUCUACCACACGGCGCGGCCCCGCCCCAACCACACGGCCGGCUACCGCGUGCACCACGACGUGGCCGCCGAGGACGUGCACUUUGAGCACCAGGGCCCAGGCCUGGCCAACGGCGGGUCCCCAAAGGACAGCCCAGCCCACGAGGUGGCCGGCGGCGGGGGAGCCUACACGCGCUUUGAUGUGCCUCGGCCGAGAACCAGGCGCAGCUGGCCCUCCUUCCGAGCCCUGCUGCUGCACCGCUACGUGGUGGCCCGCGUCAUCUGGGCGGACAUGCUCUCCAUUGCCGUGACCUACUUCAUCACGCUGUGCCUGUUUCCGGGUCUCGAGUCCGAGAUCCACCACUGCAUCCUGGGCGAGUGGCUGCCCAUUCUCAUCAUGGCCGUGUUCAACCUCUCUGACUUCGUGGGCAAGAUCCUGGCGGCGCUGCCCAUGGACUGGCAGGGCACCCACUUGCUGGCCUGCGCCUGCCUCCGUGUGGUCUUCAUCCCCCUCUUCAUCCUGUGCGUCUACCCCAGCAGCACGCCCGCCCUCCGCCACCCGGCCUGGCCCUGCAUCCUCUCCCUGCUCAUGGGCAUCAGCAACGGCUACUUCGGCAGCGUGCCCAUGAUCCUGGCGGCGGGCAAAGUGAGCCCCAAGCAGCGGGAGCUAGCAGGUAAGGCCCUGCUCGCCUGCAGGACUGUCCACUGUCAGGCAGGGAAACCCAGGCCCGUAGGAGUCAAGACCACACAACGAGAAGCUACCUUUGGGUCCCAGGGUCAAGUCAGCCUCGGAGCUCGUAGCUUGGGGACGUUCGCCAACCGCUUCCCCCCUCGUUCAUCUCACAGCUGCUUGGUGAGCCCCUACCGUGCACCAGGCACUGUUCUAGGUUCUGGGGACACUGGUGACAAAACAGUGAUCCCUGUGUUUGUGGGGUUGACAGUCCAGAGGUGACAGAGACAACAAAAUGAUGUAAUGUGUUGGAAGGUGAUGAGUGUGGUUGAGGAAUGUAAAACAGAGUAAUGGGAGGAGGGAGUCGGGGUAGGGGGUUCACAGUGGAAGCAGAGCAGUCUGGGAAGGCUUCACUGAGGAGGUGACUUGAGCAGAGACCUGGAGAAGGUAGUGAGGGGCCACGUGACAAUGCAAGGGAAGAGUGUUCGGAGUGGCGGGGAUAGCAUGUGCAAAGGCCCUGGGGCAGGGGGCGGCAGUGGAGUAGUAAACAGGUGGGAGGGGCCUGGAAGAAAGUGCUGGAUUCUGGAUCCGUUUUGACUGCAGGGCCCACGGGGCCAGCUGAUGGACUAGGAGAUGCAGUAUGAGAAAAGGACGGGGGGUGGGGCGAGGGGGGAGGUCAAGAAGGACUCCCAAGGGGGGCCUGCUGCUCAGGGCAAGAAGGUUGGAUUGCCGUCAAGUGAGAUGGGGAGGGGGCCAUGUGGGAAGGGGCACUGGAGGGGGGUUCUGGACACAGUAGGUUCAGGAAGCCCAGUAGACAUCCUAAGUGGUCCAUGACGAGGAAGCAGUUGGAGGUAGGAGGCUGGAGAGAAAGAGAAGCAGGCGAGGCCUGGAGCGCCCAGCACUUUCAGUCAGGGUGGAACAGUCCUGGGGCGGCCACCUCCCAGGUGGGAGCUGGCCGUGGUCACUGCUUCACACCUGAGAAGCUAGGGCUUCGGCUCCAGCCCUCGCUGUGGCCCCCCUCCCGCCAGCUGAGGUCUGGUCCUGUCUGCAGGGAACACCAUGACCGUGUCCUACAUGACGGGGCUGACGCUGGGCUCGGCCGUGGCCUACUGUACCUACAGCCUCACGCGGGACGCC